AUGGGAGCUUUAGAUGAGGGGCAUUUUAAUGAGGAGUUAGAGAAUGGAGUGUGCCUUGGAGACUGCGUUGAGCUGGGUUCAGAGGGAGAACCAGAGUAUCCUGCCAUUGAGGAUGCAGUGAGAGUUCUGUUGCAGGGUUUGGGCGAGGAUAUCAAUCGGGAAGGCAUUCGCAAGACGCCUCACCGUGUGGCUAAGGCCCUUCGUGAAGGGACCAGAGGCUACAGAGAGAAGGCCAAGGACAUUGUCCACGGUGCAUUAUUCCCGGAAGUUGGGGGGACUGGUGAACUUGUAAUAGUUCGAGAUUUGGAUCUAUUCUCAUACUGUGAGUCUUGCUUGCUCCCGUUCCAGGUCAAGUGUCAUGUAGGAUAUGUCCCAUCUGGAAAAAGGAUUUUAGGUCUUAGCAAGUUUUCUCGGGUUGCUGAUGUUUUUGCAAAGCGACUUCAAGAUCCACAACGCCUAGCUAAUGAACUCUGUAAAGCUUUGCAACAUAGCAUGAAACCAGCUGGGGUGGCUGUCAUACUUCAGUGUUCACAUAUUGGUUAUCCUAAUAUUGAGUCUGCCAUUCCAGAUUCAAAUCACCAGGGAUGGAUAAAGUUGCUCGUAAGCUCAGGUUCAGGUGUUUUUGAGGAUGAGAAGGCAGAUAUUUGGGCUGACUUUCUGAGUCUUUUAAAGUUCCGAGGCGUAACAGAUAGGCCUUUGAAUGGCAUUGUUGAGCAGCAAUCUUGGUGCCCAUCCCAUUCUUUAACAAAAACCCCAACCAAUUCUGCAAUGACAGAAGCUGUAUCCUCAAUUCUUCAGUCUCUUGGGGAAGAUCCGUCGAGAAAAGAGCUUGUAGGAACCCCUGCUCGAUUUGUGACAUGGUUGAUGAACUUCAGAAUUUCUAGUUUAGAGAUGAAGCUGAGUGGGAUCAUUCAAAACCAGAGAGAUUGCUUGAAUCUUAAUGGUGAUGUCAAGCUUAGUGAACGACAUUUGUCUUUGGAGCUUAAUGUUCCAUUCUGGUCCCAGUGUGAACACCAUCUGCUCCCUUUCCAUGGUGUUGUUCAUAUAGGGUAUUAUUCCGCUGAAGGUGUAAUUCCUGUUGGAAGAUCGUUGUUACAAACCAUCAUACACUUCUAUGGUUUCAAGCUCCAAGUACAAGAGAGGCUCACAAAGCAAAUUGCUGAAACCGUCUCAACCAUUUUGGGUGAAGAUGUGAUGGUAGUGGUGGAAGCUAACCAUAGUUGCAUGAUCUCGAGAGGAAUUGAGAAGUUCGGCAGUAAUACUGCUACUACUGCUGCGUUAGGCCGGUUUUCAACCGAUCCUAGUGUGAGGGCAAAAUUUUUGCAAAGUAUUCCUGACUUCCUUCAGUCUGCACCUUGA